AUGAAACUUUUUUUAGAUUUAGGAGCGGAAAAGAGUUUGUCGACGUGCUUACAAUAUGAAGGAGACCGUGUAGAAGCUAAAUUUGAAUCGGUUAACGAAGCUCUUGUUUCUUGGUUGGGCGCUUACGCACCAACUUCAAAAUGGAUGAGAUUCCCGAAAAUGGAACAUCUUAUUGCAUGCGCAUAUGACAUGGUAUGCAUUGACUUGAUGCAUUAUGGUUUUUCGGAAACCUUUUUUCUGCUCUGCACUGCACCUCCUACAAAUCCAAAUGAUCGUAUUAUGUGUGUUGGAUGGCUCGCAAAAUCGAAACAUGUUGUGCAAGUUUACUUGAAACCGGGAUGCCCCAUACCACCUACGUCACCAGAAUGGGCGCUUCAUCAUACCGAAGCAGCCGAGACGUGGCCAGAUCAUUUUUUGGAUAGGAUGCACGAUUUCGAAAGGUUGAACAACAUCGAAAAGGAAUCAAAUGCCGAAAAGUCAAGAUUAGAACCUCCAAUAGAUUUAACUAGCGACUGUUUUUUUGAUGUAUUUUCUAGUUUCAAAGUGUAA